CGGCGCGGCCCCUUCGUAUCCAAUCUCCGCCUCCCGCACUCUUUCUCUCCAACUGCCUCCUGGUUUCUCUCUUUUCUCUACCUUUCGUUAUGUCCCUCGGCGUCCGUGGCGCCUGACAAAACCUUAUCGCGCGUCUAACCUUAUAUCAAAAUUGGCCGGGGAGAGUGAGGCCCGCCGUGCGCCAUGGCCAGCGAUGGCAUGGUGGUGGGGUCAGGGGGGGGCGCGGGGAGGGGGGAAGGCGACAGCCUGACGGCGGCGACGACGGCGUUGACUUUCCACGACUUUCUGGAGCGGAUGAAGCAGCCCGCCGCGGCAGAUCUCGUCAGGCCCAUCCGCAAUUUCAUGAUGGCGUUUAUGGCCAAGGACCCCGAGCCCGAGCGCGACAGUGCGAGCGUGCAGGCGUUCUACCGCAGCAUCGAGGCCGCCUUCCGCUCGCACCCGCUCUGGCAGGGCGCCUCCGAGGACGAGCUCGAGUGCUCGGGAGAGGCGCUGGAGAAGUACCUGAUGACGAAGCUGUUCCCGCGUGCGUUCGCCCCGGAGGAAGAGGAGGUGGAGCGCGACCGCCGCCUCACCACGCGCAUUGCGGCGCUGCAGACUUUCCUGCAGCCGCGGCACCUGGACGUGCCUGACUCCCUGCUCAACGACGCCUCGCUGCUGCUAGCGGAGAAGGAUCUGCAGAAGCUGGGGUCGUUCAAGGCACCGCGCGACAAGCUGGUGUGCGUGCUCAACUGCUGCCGCGUCAUCAACAACAUCCUCCUCAACGCCUCCAUCACUGCUGCUGCUGCCGCUGACGCGAGCGGGGGGGCAGGGGGAGGAGGGAAGGGUGGUGGGAGUGGCGGAAAGCCGCCCGGAGCUGAUGAUUUUCUGCCCGUGCUGAUCUAUGUGGUGGUGAAGGCGAACCCCCCCCAGCUGCUGAGCAGCAUUCUCUACAUCCAGCGGUACCGCCACUGCGACCGCCUUGUGUCGGAGGCCGCCUACUUCUUCACCAACCUCGCAUCCGCCGCCACCUUCCUCGAAUCCCUCUCCGCCGCUCAGCUCUCUCUAAGUGAGGACGAGUUUAAGCGGCUACUGGAGGCCGGGUACAAGGCCACUGAAGGGGUGGGCGGCUUGGAGGGGGGAGAGCGGGGGGGAGAGUGGGGGGGAGUGGGGGGUGGUGGAACAGGUGAGAAGGGGAGGAGUGGAGGAGGAGGAGGGGAGCUAGGUGAGCAGGUGACAGGGGCAGGGGAAGAAGCAAGGGCAGCAGCAGCAGGAGGAGGAUCAAGAACCGCAGGAGGGUCAGGAGGAGCGGAGCUGUUAUCAGCAGCAGGGGGCGGUGGCGCUGGCAGUGCUGCUGGUGCUGCUGGUACCAGCAGCAGCAACAGGGACACGGAGCGGGUGGCGUCCCUGUCGGAGAUAUCGAGGGAUAAGGGCGUGUUGAGGGAGCUGGUGCGUGCAGAUGCCAGUGGCGAGCUCGCCCGCUCUUUCCGCUUCCUCUACGCUUCUGCGCCUGACCUCUCGCUCGCAGAUGUCUCGGACCUCCUGGCGGAGUACAAGGAUCUGGCGCUCAGGCACUAUGCUCUCAGUCGAGUGGUCCAUGGAGCAGGUCUCUCUCUCCCUCUCUCAUUCCCGUCCAACCCAAGCCGUACCACUGGCACGGCUUCUGCUGCUGCAAGCACAUCCAGCACCACUAGCAGCAGCAUUGACGUUAGAAGUUCUGCUGGUGCUGCUGGUGCUGCUUCUUCAACUGAAGCUGUAUCUGCUGCUGAGGCUCUAACUGACUCUGCUAGUGCUGCUGGUGCCACUGCUGAUGCCACUGCUGGUUCUGCCCCUGCAGCACGCACAGGUUUGGAAGAAACAGAACAAGGAGCAGCAGCAGCAACAGCAGCAGCAGCAGCGGGAGAGGAAGAGGCGUCCAAGGGAGGAAGUGGGGAAGCUGGUGCUGUGGACGGGGGGAGUAGCAGCAGUGAGGGCACAGUGGAAGGGGUUUGAUGUGAUGGUGCUGAGGGAGGGGGGAGGAGCAACAGAGAGCUGGCGCGGAGGAAGAGAGUACAGUACUUAUAACGUUGCUGCCAUCAUGGGGGUGUAGUGCAUAUUGAAAUGGGGGUGUAGUGCAUAUUGGGGGUGUUUAGGGUCUUACAACUGAAUGAAUUGACUAGAGAGAGAGAGUACAGGGAUAUAUAGCCUAGAGUGUUGUACCCUCUACAGCACAAACCAAUAUUGUCUACACUAACAUACUUAGAUAAGUUUGACAUAGGGUGGUCAGGAUCUCUAGUUGGUGGAACCACGAGUAGAAAGUCAGCGGAAGACUUUACUGGAAAUUUCCGAAAUGACAAUGAUAAUAAUAAUUAGUAAUAUAGGCA